AUGCUGCACCACAUUGCCAGCGCGGUCUACAAGAGGGCCGUCGAAGGCUCAUCGCCCCAAUAUGAGCUCCCGCCUUGGGCCUGGGUUGUUAUACUUGCCGAUGCCAUCGUCUUCCUCCCCAUCAUCAUUAUCUUGACCUACACCAUCGAAACAGUCUACCCCAUCUUUGCCAUCGUCGAAGAUGAGAACCCUCCAGCCUACGACCCCGUCAACCUGAACGAUGAUGACGCCAAUGCCGAUGCCGUCCCGGGCGUUGGUCCCAUCCCGCCAAAGGUCACCGGCGGCCGACCCACCACCGUCACCUCCUCCCUCCGCUCCAUCAACCGCCUUCUGAUGGCCAAUGGUGGCUGGCGUGCAAACUUCCGUGGCUUCUUUUGCAUCAUCGCCCAGGCUAUCGCUACCGGCAUCCUAUAUGGCGUCUUCUCCGCCUUCCUCCCCUCCAUCCUCGCCUCUCUGGCCACGCUCCUUGCCUCUCUUUCUCUCGUCCAGCUCAGCACUGCCUGGGUUCACAUCGUGAUCACUCCUCGCUCCCCCUUGCACUUCUGGUCUCGCCUCCCACCUUUCAAGCGCACCUUCGAAGCUACCGCCCGCCCUGUGGCUGCCUACUGGCUGGCCACGCAAUUCGCGACCUGGGUUCCUAUUGCUGUUGGCUGGGCUCUGGGUCUCGACCUUCCCAACUUCCGCUUUGGCGCGCCCACUACUACCGUUCCCGGCACCGAGCCCCGUCCCAAUGACGCCUGGAAGAGCGUUGUUAUUACGCUUCUUAGCAUCGCCUUCCACGUUCUGGUUGUGAUCCCCGCCGAGGUCGUCCUUGUCCGCGUUCAGGCUUCGCUGCUCCCCGAGGAGGCUGACACCAUCAUUCCCUUCGACCGCUCUUUCGAGGGCAAGGUUGAGCCUCGCGUUGUGGGCGGCAAGGGCUACGCCACCAUGAGCCAGGCCUGGGCUAGCUUCUCUCGCGCCGCGUGGCGUCGUCUUGUUAUCCUCUACGCCAAGAUCAUUGCUGUCACCACUGCCGGCUUCUUCAUCAUGGCUGCUGUCAUUAUUCCUGAGAUCAUACUCCUGACUAGCAAGUCCACUCCCAAGAACUAA